UCGCUUUUGGCUGUUUGUUUGUUCAUUAGAUUAGUAAUACAAUUUAGCAAAUCUGUUCUCAGACAGUUCAACGAUGAUGAUUACGCACCGCUUGGCCGCUGUGGCUCUGGGGCUGCUGCAGCUUAUAGCAGUGGUGCACGGGCAGCCCUUUCCCAAUUACCACGCGGAUUUCGUGGACAUCGAUGAGCAGCCAGCGGAGCUAAAGUGGUGGCAGACGGGGGCCUUUUAUCAGAUCUAUCCAAGGUCAUUUAAGGACAGCAACGGCGACGGCGUAGGCGACCUGAAUGGAAUCUCGGAGAGGCUGUCUUACCUCAAAGAGCUGGGUAUCACGGCCACCUGGCUGUCGCCGAUCUUCACCUCGCCCAUGGCCGACUUUGGCUAUGACAUUGCCAACUUUACGGAGAUAGCAUCCAUCUUUGGGACCAUGGCAGAUUUCGAGAAUUUGAUGAAGGUGGCCCAGCAGCUGGAUAUCAAAAUAAUUCUCGACUUUGUGCCCAACCAUUCGAGCGACGAGUGCGAGUGGUUCAAGCGCUCUGCGGCCAGGGAUCCAGAGUUCAAGGACUUCUAUGUGUGGCAUCCUGGGCGCAUGGUAAACGGCACUCGCCAUCCCCCGAGCAACUGGAUCAGCGUGUUCCGUGGCUCCGCCUGGCAGUGGCACGAGGGGCGACAGGAGUACUAUUUCCAUCAGUUUGUGAAGAAACAGCCGGAUCUCAACUAUCGCAAUCCGAAAGUGCGGGAGGCCAUGAAUAAUGUACUGCGCUUUUGGCUGGCCAAGGGCGUCUCCGGUUUUCGUAUCGACGCCGUGCCGCAUGUCUUUGAGAUAGCGCCGGAUGCACAGAAUCAGUACCGCGAUGAACCGCGCAACAACUGGGACAAUGAUCCCGACGACUACGGCUAUCUGCAGCACAUCUACACCGUCGAUCAGCCCGAGACGAUUGACCUCGUCUACUCGUGGCGUGCGGUGCUGGAUGAGUUCCAGCGGGUGCACGGUGGCGAGGAGCGCAUCUUAAUGGCCGAGACCUAUUCACCCAUCGAUAUCGUGAUGCAGUACUACGGCAAUGCCACGGCCGAGGGCGCUCAGCUGCCGUUCAACUUUCUGCUGAUAAGUGAGCUGACGAACUCAUCCAAAGCCGGGGACUAUGCCAGCACUGUGCAGAAGUGGCUUCAGCAUAUGCCCAACGGCCGCACGGCCAAUUGGGUGCUUGGCAACCAUGACAAGCCGCGAGUGGGCUCCCGGCUGGGCAGAGAUCGUGUUGAUAUGCUGAACAUGCUGAUUGCCACUCUGCCCGGAGCUAGUGUGACCUACCAGGGCGAGGAGCUGGGGAUGACAGAUGUGUGGAUCUCCUGGAAGGACACCGUCGAUCCCUCCGCUUGCAACAGCAACCCAAGCAUCUACGAACAGUUCUCACGCGAUCCGGAACGCACUCCCUUUCAAUGGAGCGACGCCACUGAUGCGGGAUUCAGCAAUGCCAGCAAGACCUGGCUUCCCAUUGGGGAGGAUUACAGGCAGAUCAACGUGGAUCUGGAAAAGACCCAGCCUCUGAGCCACCUGAAUGUCUACAAACAGCUGUGGACGCUGAGAAAGCAGGCGAAUACCCUGCAACGGGGAGACACUGAGGUGAAGGCCCUGAGUGACGCUGUUUUGGCUUUGAAAAGAUACCUUCAACAUGACGACACAUUUGUGACUCUGCUGAAUAUCUACGAUGGAGUGGAGACAGUCAACCUGCAGCAGAGUUUCGCAGAUAUUCCCGCACAGCUGAAAGUUGUGCUGGUCACAGAGCGCUCCAAGGUCAAAGUGGGCGAUCUCAUCAAUUCCACCUCAGUGCAAUUGCAACCCAAGGAUUCACUUGUCCUUCAGUCAACCUCCUCGUACUAUGGUUAUGCCACCAACGGAGAAAUUCAUCAGCUGCCGGUACUCGGUAUUUAUCUCUGGUUGGCUCAAGUGGCGCUCUAUCUCACCCACCAGUGAUUCAGCAGCUUGUCAACUAAUUAAACACUCUAAAUAAAAAACACUCAUAACGAGAA